AUGGAGCGAAAUUUAAAAACAAAAAGAACUGUGCGCGACCCAACCGGGUCGGCCCAGCUGGGCCGGGCCUUGGCCCAGCAGGCCGCCACCGCCUUCCUCGCGCCGCGCCGCCGUGACGCCGUCGGACUCCGGAGGAGUCCGAGCAUGCCCCGCCCCGCGCCGCCCGACCCCUCCUCCAAGUCGGACGGGGCCGCCGCCUCGCCCCCGGCCUUUAUAAGGCGCCGCCCCGGCCCCUCUCUCCUCAGCCGCGGCACCCCGCCACCCGCCGCCGCAGCCGCACACGCCGCCACCGCCUGCGAUGUGCCGCCGCCCCGCCACUCCCCGCCGCCGACGCCGCCAGCCACCGCCGCCGUCCGACGCCGUUGCCGCCGCUCGCCGGAGGAAGCCACCGCAGCCACCGGUUUUCUAACCCCGAGCCGCACGCGCCGCCGCCUGCGCCGCGCCGCUGCCCCGCCACUCCCCGUCGCCGACGCCGCCCGAAGCUGCCGCCGCUCGCCGGAGGAAGCCGCCGCCGCUUUUCUCACCCCGAGCCAGGUUCGCUAA